CCAAUAGGAUAGAGUUGAGGGGGAAUCCCUGAAGCUCUCGGGGAUAUCGGGUCCGGGGCCAACUCUGUAAACCUGGUGCUCUUAACCCCUCCUAGGAUCACGCAGAUCUGGUUGGAAGCCAGGAAGCGCUUUCUUUCUCCAGCACCUGGGUGUGGGAGCAAUCCGGGGCGAACUAACCGGCGUCCGAUUCUUUUUACCCUCUCUGUGGUCUCAUGCUGUAGCUCCACCCGUUACAGGACGUCGGCGUCGAGGGCAGCCCUUGUCGUACCCGCUAGUGAUUUGGUGGCUCCAGCAUCCGCCGUAGCCUUGGAAUAGUUGUGGCUUCCCAUUUCUCCGCCUUUCCCCGUAUCUGUGGCCAGAGGAGCAGCGGAGAGCAUAUCAUGCCUCCCACUUUGGAAGGGCAACAGCCGCCGGCAGGAAAAAAAAUCCCAAAGUAUGAUAUUGAAGCCAUUUUGCAGCAGAGGAUCAUGGUGUUGGAUGGAGGUAUGGGGACCAUGAUCCAGCGCUAUACGCUGACUGAAGAGGACUUCAGAGGACAGGACUUGAAAAACCAUGCCAAGCCUUUGAAAGGCAACAACGAUCUCUUAAGUAUAACUCGGCCUGAUAUCAUUUGCAAUAUCCAUAAGGAGUACUUGAUGGCUGGAGCAGAUAUUAUUGAAACAAAUACCUUUAGCAGCACCAGGGUUGCCCAGGCUGACUAUGGCCUUGAACAUUUGGCUUAUCGGCUGAACAAAUGUUCUGCAGAAGUGGCUAGAAAGGCAGCAGAUGAUGUAACUUCCCAGACAGGGAUUAAGAGGUUUGUGGCGGGAUCCAUGGGUCCCACCAAUAAGACUCUCUCUGUAUCACCUUCUGUGGAAAGGCCGGAUUAUAGAAACAUCACCUUUGAUGAGCUAGUUGAAGCUUACCAGGAACAGGCUAGAGGACUUCUAGAUGGUGGAGUUGACAUUUUAUUGGUAGAAACCAUUUUUGAUACUGCCAAUGCUAAGGCAGCCUUGUUUGCACUCCAGAAACUCUUCGAAGAGGGAUAUGAUCCCCGGCCUAUCUUUGUUUCAGGGACUAUUGUGGAUAAGAGUGGGCGAACUCUGUCUGGACAGACAGGAGAGGCAUUUGUCAUUAGCGUGAGCCAUGCAGAACCGCUAUGCCUGGGAUUAAACUGUGCUUUAGGUGCCCUGGAAAUGAGACCUUUCAUUGAAACACUUGGCAAGUGCACAUCAGCAUAUGUCCUCUGUUAUCCCAAUGCAGGUCUUCCCAAUACCUUUGGAGAAUAUGAUGAAACACCUGAAAUGACUGCUAUGCACAUAAAGAACUUUGCAUUAGAUGGUUUGGUCAAUGUUGUAGGUGGUUGUUGUGGAACCACACCGGCUCAUAUCAGGGAAAUUGUAGAAGCUGUGAAAAAUUGCAAACCUAGAGUUCCCCCUGCAUCCAUUUCUGAAGGGUAUAUGCUGCUGUCAGGUCUAGAGCCCUUCAGGAUUGGACCAUAUACUAACUUUGUUAACAUUGGUGAACGCUGUAAUGUUGCAGGAUCAAGAAAGUUUGCUAAACUCAUCAUGGCAGGAAACUAUGAGGAAGCUUUGAGUGUGGCUAAAGCCCAGGUGGAGAUGGGAGCUCAGGUUCUAGAUGUUAACAUGGAUGAUGGGAUGUUGGAUGGCCCUAGUGCUAUGACCAGAUUUUGUAACUUCAUUGCUUCAGAACCUGAUAUUGCCAAGGUGCCAUUGUGUAUCGACUCUUCCAACUUUGCUGUGAUAGAGGCUGGAUUAAAAUGCUGCCAAGGGAAGUGUAUAGUCAACAGCAUUAGUCUGAAGGAAGGUGAGGAUGACUUUCUGGAGAAGGCUAGAAAGAUCAAGAAAUAUGGGGCUGCUGUGGUGGUCAUGGCAUUUGAUGAAGUGGGUCAAGCCACCGAAACUAACAACAAAAUUGAAGUGUGUACCCGAGCUUAUCAUCUCCUUGUUAAAAAAGUAGGAUUUAACCCAAAUGAUAUCAUCUUUGACCCCAAUAUCCUUACCAUUGGGACAGGAAUGGAAGAGCACAACUUAUAUGCUGUCAACUUUAUCAAUGCAAUUAAAACCAUCAAGGCAACUUUACCUGGAGCCAAAAUAAGUGGUGGUCUUUCCAACUUGUCCUUCUCCUUCAGAGGAAUGGAAGCCAUUCGAGAAGCCAUGCAUGGUGUUUUCCUUUACCAUGCAAUAAAGUUUGGUAUGGACAUGGGAAUAGUGAAUGCAGGAAGUCUUCCUGUGUAUGAUGACAUUCACAAAGACCUCCUACAGCUUUGUGAAGAUCUGAUUUGGAAUAAGGACCCAGAGGCUACAGAAAAGCUGUUACGCUAUGCCCAGACUCAUGGCACAGGAGGGAAGAAAGCCAUCCAAACAGAUGAAUGGCGGAAUGGCCCAGUUGAGGAAAGAUUGGAAUAUGCCCUAGUUAAGGGCAUUGAAAAACAUAUUGUAGAGGACACUGAGGAAGCUAGAAUGAAAAAGGACAAAUAUCCCCGACCACUGAACAUAAUUGAAGGGCCACUGAUGAAUGGCAUGAAAGUAGUUGGUGAUCUCUUUGGUGCUGGAAAGAUGUUUCUUCCCCAGGUAAUAAAGUCAGCCCGGGUCAUGAAGAAGGCAGUUGGCUACCUCAUUCCUUUCAUGGAAAAAGAACGAGAGGAAGCAAGGGCUCUUACUGGGAGCGUGGAAGAAGAGGACCCUUACCAAGGCACGAUUGUGUUGGCAACUGUCAAAGGUGAUGUGCAUGACAUAGGCAAGAACAUUGUGGGUGUAGUCCUGGGAUGUAAUAAUUUCAGGGUUAUUGAUUUAGGAGUCAUGACUCCUUGCGAUAAGAUCCUGAGAGCUGCUCUUGACAACAAAGCAGAUAUAAUUGGCCUGUCGGGACUCAUCACUCCUUCUUUGGAUGAAAUGAUUUUUGUUGCCAAGGAAAUGGAGAGAUUAGAUAUAAAGAUUCCUUUGUUGAUUGGAGGAGCAACCACUUCCAGAACCCAUACUGCAGUUAAAAUAGCACCAAGAUAUAGUGCUCCUGUAAUACAUGUCCUGGAUGCAUCUAAGAGCGUGGUGGUGUGCUCUCAGCUCUUGGAUGAAAAUCUGAAGGAUGACUUCUUUGAGGAAAUCAUUGAAGAGUAUGAAGACAUUAGACAAGACCAUUAUGAAUCACUCAAGGAAAGAAGAUACUUAACCUUAGAUCAAGCCAGGAAAAAAGGCUUCCAUGUAGACUGGCUCUCAGAACCACCCCCAGUGAAACCCAAAUUUUUUGGGACUCAGGUUUUUGAAGACUAUGAUCUGCAGAGACUGGUGGACUACAUUGACUGGAAACCUUUCUUUGAUGUUUGGCAACUCAGGGGCAAAUACCCGAAUCGAGGUUUUCCCAAGAUCUUUAAUGACAAGACAGUGGGGGAAGAAGCCAAAAAAGUAUAUGAUGAUGCCCAAACUAUGUUGAAGGAACUGAUUAGUAAAAAGAAGAUACAAGCUAGGGGUUUGGUUGGAUUCUGGCCAGCACAGAGUGUCCAGGAUGAUAUUCAUUUGUAUGCAGAAGAUGCCAUACCACAAUCUGCAGAGCCAGUAGCAAAAUUUUAUGGCUUAAGACAACAGGCAGAAAAGGAUUCUGCUAGCACAGACCCUUAUUAUUGCCUGUCUGACUUCAUUGCUCCUCUGGAAUCUGGGAUCCGUGACUACUUGGGCCUUUUUGCAGUGGCCUGCUUUGGAGUAGAUGAACUGAGCAAGGCCUAUGAGGAACAGUAUGAUGUCUACAGCAGCAUUAUGGCUAAGGCCCUGGGAGACAGGUUGGCAGAGGCUUUUGCAGAAGAACUUCAUGAAAGGGUUCGCAAAGACUUGUGGGCUUAUAGUGGCAGUGAGCAGCUGGAUGUUGCUGACCUUCGGAGAAUUCGGUAUGGGGGCAUCCGCCCUGCUCCUGGCUAUCCCAGCCAACCUGAUCAUACUGAAAAGCUCACGAUGUGGAGACUCGGUCACAUUGAAGAAACCACAGGGAUCACACUUACAGAAUCAUUAGCAAUGGCACCUGCUUCAGCUGUCUCUGGUCUCUACUUUGCCAAUCUGAAGUCCAAAUAUUUUUCUGUUGGUAAAAUUUCCAGGGACCAGAUUGAAGACUAUGCUUUGAGGAAAAAUAUGUCUGUGGAUGAGGUUGAGAGAUGGCUGGGACCCAUUUUGGGAUAUGAUGCAGAUUGACUCGCCUGUCGUCUUCCUCCCCUCCAAAGGCACUGCAGAAAACAGACUCCCGAGUGCCUUUAGAAAUGCCGCAGCCUCUUAGCCUCUAAUGCAUUGGCCUUUUUGAGGUUUUGGAAGACCCUUUUGGAAGAACUUGUGGUGAUGCAAGAGAUCUGUCAUCUCCAGGACAUGCAUUUGUGUGGUACUGAAAAUAAGCGGCUUAAUUUUUUUAUAACAAGCAACCUGGCAGGCAGUACAGAGACAGCCAGCUGUGUUUCUAUAUGUCAGAUGCUCCUACCUAUAACUACUGUAGAAAGUUAACAUAAUGGAUUUGUGAAGCACUUGAUAUGUGUUGGGCAUCAUGCUAAAGGUCAAGCCAGGAAGAUAGAAACAAAGGCACUUUUUGGUAGGUAGCUGUAGUACCUGGUUGGCUCUCAUCUUAUGUUUACCUCAAACCUAGAAUACUCUAGUUCGAGAUGAUUUAGCUGGACUUUUUUUAAAAAAACUUCAAGUCACAGUUGAGUUGAGUCUAGAAUCAGGAGGACCUGGGUUAGAAUCCCACCUCCAAAACUCACUUGCUGUAUGACCACAGGGACAUCUCUCAACCUCGCUGAGCCUCAACUUCCUGCAAAAUGGGGUUAAUAAUACCCUCAGGACCUACCUCCCAGGGUGGCAGGGAAGAAGUAUAGGCAGUGUUCCUUGGAAGUGUUAGUUAUUAUUAAUAGAGAGACAUGACUGUAAGGACAACUAGCAUUAUGAGAAUCGAGACACUGGAGGCAGGCACUAUAUAUUUUUCUUUUUAGAUCUUUAUGUCCCUGGGGUUAAAUAUUUGUUGCAUUAGAUUGAACCUGGAAGUUAAUCUUUCAUGGAGGGGGGGCAGCCUAGGUGAUUCAGUGGACAGAGAACCAGGCCUGGUGUCAGGAGGAUUUGUGUUCAAAUGUGGCUUCAGAUACUUCCUGACUUUGUGAUCCCGGGCAAGUCACUUAACUCCAAAUAACUAGUCCUUGCGCUUCUGACUUGGUAUGGUUACUGAGACAGAAAGUCAGGGAUGAAAAAAAAAUCUUACACAGAAGAAAGUAUGGACUCCCCUCCUUCCAUAAGGCUUCAUUUUUAAAGGCUACUAAGUGUCCUUUUGUCAGAGUAAGCAUUACAAGCACGUAACAGCAAGAAUCCCAUUUGAAUGAAGGCAGCCCCAUGAAAGCCCCAGAUUAGGGAAAACAAAGUCAUCUUAGAGGCAAUACAAGUGGGAAUGGCAGAUUUUAUUUUGUUUUUGUUUUGCUUAUUAUUCUCUCUCCAUUCCUAUAAUUUCUACAAAAGUUGGAGUUUUCUUAGCAUUAGGAGGAUUUCUGUGCUAAGAAAAGAAUGAAUAUCUUCCUUUUUUUUUUAAAGUAAUGGGCUUUCCCACCUUCUUUUCUACCUGUUAAAGGCUUAACUAGCCUUCAAGGCCUAGCUCCUCCCUCACACUCAACAAAUCUUGUUGAACCACUCUCUUAUGCAAUUAAUUCUCUUUUAUUUGAAUUCUGAUAAUCACAAUCUAUACCAUAUGCAAUUGGUUUGAUUUUUGUUAGAUUAAACUAUAAGCUUCUUGAGGAUAGGGAUCAUGUGUUAUACUGCUGUCUAUCCCACACAGCACUGAGAACAUUUCUUGGUACAUAGAAGAUCCCAUUUGAGUAGUCUAGGUUACAGGAAGUAACAUAUUUGUGGUAGUCAGAGAGCUGAUCUAAGUUUGAGAAGUAUUUAGGGUUCAAAUCCUGCUUCUGAAACAGAUUGGCUGGGUUAUCUUCACUCCCCAACUCCUGACAAUUCUUUUAAUACUGUAGUUGCUGAACAGUAAUAUGCAUUGGGGGGGGGGGGGAUGGUGUUCUUCAUUGGAUAUUCCUUGCACCAAUGAAAUUACAGUUAGAGACCAAAAAAAAGUAUUCUCAAAGAAGAGGUGAGGAAGAGGGAAAGGGAGCAAAUGCUUAUUAAGAGCCCACUGUUGUCUGCUCUAUAAAUGUUGUCUCAUUUGAAAAGUGCCUGGGGAGAAAUAGCUUUCCUUGUCUCUUGGCAGCUCUGCUGCCCAUUUAUUACAUGAACCCAAAGAUCACAUUUAAGGGUCUUUCCCCCUAAAGCCUUUAGGUCAACUGUUUUCUUUUGUAUGAGAGAGAGAGUGAGAAUGAGUGUGUGUGUAAUGAAAGUAUGAAAAAUAAUUAUGCAUGUCUGAAUUUUAAAAAAUAACUUCAGUGCUUUCAAAUAAAAGUGAAUUUCCUAAUUCUAAAAUGUUAAAAAAGAUUAUGUAUUCUAUUUCCUAUGUGCUAGAGUAUUUAAUGAGCUCUGUAGCAUUUUCUUUCUGUUUUAUUUAUUUUUUUGAUCUGACAUCAGGGAAAGAAUAACUCCUGAAAAAAAUUUUAACACUAUUAUCUGAAUGAAAUGAUCAGUAAUCUACUUUUUCUAUUAAAUAUCAUUCAUCAUCUUUUCUGCCCUCUUGUAGAUGGAACUACCCAAUCUUUGAAUCCAUUGUUGAAACAACUCUAUGUCAGGUGUCACUUUUUCUAGGAAAAAAAAAUUGUGUGUUCAUAAGAGAGGUUGCAAUGUAAAAUAAAAUUUGAAAACACCCA